AUGCAAUCUUCAACUAUGCACGGCCAUACCGUACAUGAGUGUUAUAAUCCUCGAUAUCAAGCAUGUUUCAACGAUACUCUCUGCUCCCGAUCUGAAGUAUGUGGUGAACAAUGUCUCCAACAAGGCCAAUGGUGUACUAGUAAUAAAACAAUUUGUAACUCACCUAGCGCAAGGUGGUAUUUUAGCUACCCCUCAGGACUGACUGCAUAUGAUUCAUGCAGCGGUAUCUGCUACGAUCCCAGAGUUGAACAAUGCAUUGAUGGUACAAUCCAGUGCAUUAACAAUAACAACUGCUCUGGAACAUGUUAUGAUUCAUCAAUGCGAAAAUGUUUGAAUGGAACAUUAUGUUAUAUGAGUCAAGAUCUGUGCUACGUUAAAAACAGCGAACUAGGUCACCUCAAUACUUUCCCAUCAAAUCAGUGUUACGAUCCUUCGUACCAAACAUGUUUUAACAACACACUCUGUCACUCAUAUCAAGUAUGUAGUGGACAAUGUCUUCAACGAGGUCAACGGUGUAUCAAUAAUCAAACAAUAUGUAGCUCACGUGACACAAUGUUGUCUUAUAACUACUGGCCAAAAUCGACUGUAUAUGAUUCUUGCAAUGGUAUCUGUUACGAUCUGACGCUUGAACAGUGCAUAGAUGGUAAUAUUCAGUGCAUUAAUAAUAACAAUUGCUCCGGGACGUGCUACAAUUCUUCAACGCAUAAGUGUUUCAAUAGAACUUUGUGUCAGGUGGACGAAGAUUUCUGCAAUGUGAAAUCUGGUGGAUCGGACGUGGAAAAUUAUCCACACUUAGUAUGCUAUAAUCCAAACUAUCAAUUAUGUCUCAACAACACCCUGUGUCGUCCAUUUCAAGUAUGUGAUCAACAAUGUCUUGAAGGCAAUCAACUGUGUAUCAAUAACAAAACAAUAUGUCAGAUACGGAGCGAAAGGUUCUUCUAUAACUAUCGAUCUAGGGUGAAUCUAAAUCAGUCAUGCAAUGGCACAUGCUAUGAUUCCAAUGUCUACGAAUGCAUUGAUGAUAUUAUUCAGUGCAUUGGCAAUGACAACUGCUCAGGAGCAUGCUACAAUUCAUCGACACAUACAUGUUGGAAUGGAACUUUGUGUCUUUCGGAUGCAGAAGUGUGCUAUGUGAAAUAUGAUGAACGAGGCCGACUGUAUAAUCCACCGAUAUAUCAGUGUUACGAUCCUAACUAUCAAGUAUGUCUCAACGAUGCACUCUGCCUUCAAACUCGACUUUGUGAUCAGCAAUGUCUUCGCGAAAAUCAACUGUGUGUCAAGGAUAAAACAAUUUGCAAUUUACGUAACCAAAACUGGUAUCAUAAUCAAGAAUCUUGGCUCAACGUAUCUGAAUCAUGUAAUGGCAUCUGCUACGAUCCUAGACUUGAACAAUGCAUAGAUGCUAGAAUCCAGUGCAUUAACAAUAACAACUGUUCCGGUGUAUGCUACGAUUCAUCGACGUACAAAUGUAUCAAUGGAACCCUAUGUGGCGUGGACGCAGACUUGUGUUAUGUGAAAUAUGGUGCAUGGUAUAAUUUUCUGCAACCAGUAUGCUAUAAUCCAAACUAUCAAUUAUGUCUCAACAACACCCUGUGUCGUCCAUUUCAAGUAUGUGAUCAACAAUGUCUUGAAGACAAUCAACUGUGUAUCAAUAACAAAACAAUAUGUCAGAUACGGAGCGAAAGGUUCUUCUAUAACUAUCGAUCUAGGGUGAAUCUAAAUCAGUCAUGCAAUGGCACAUGCUAUGAUUCCAAUGUCUACGAAUGCAUUGAUGAUAUUAUUCAGUGCAUUGGCAAUGACAACUGCUCAGGAGCAUGCUACAAUUCAUCGACACAUACAUGUUGGAAUGGAACUUUGUGUCUUUCGGAUGCAGAAGUGUGCUAUGUGAAAUAUGAUGAACGAGGCCGACUGUAUAAUCCACCGAUAUAUCAGUGUUACGAUCCUAACUAUCAAGUAUGUCUCAACGAUGCACUCUGCCUUCAAACUCGACUUUGUGAUCAGCAAUGUCUUCGCGAAAAUCAACUGUGUGUCAAGGAUAAAACAAUUUGCAAUUUACGUAACCAAAACUGGUAUCAUAAUCAAGAAUCUUGGCUCAACGUAUCUGAAUCAUGUAAUGGCAUCUGCUACGAUCCUAGACUUGAACAAUGCAUAGAUGCUAGAAUCCAGUGCAUUAACAAUAACAACUGUUCCGGUGUAUGCUACGAUUCAUCGACGUACAAAUGUAUCAAUGGAACCCUAUGUGGCGUGGACGCAGACUUGUGUUAUGUGAAAUAUGGUGCAUGGUAUAAUUUUCUGCAACCAGUAUGCUAUAAUCCAAACUAUCAAUUAUGUCGCAACAACACCCUCUGCACACAAUCUCAAGUGUGCGGUGAACUCUGUCUUGGUGAAAAUGAAUUGUGCAUGACAAAUAAGUCAGUGUGCAUCUAUUCGAAUAAGGAGUGGCAUUAUAACAAUACUUCACAAUCAACUACAAUUAAGUCAUGCUCUGGUAUCUGCUACGAUCCAUUAACACAUAACUGCUUGAAUGGAACUUUGUGCGGUUUAGACGAAGUUUUGUGCUUCGUACAGAACAGUAGUUGGAGCAUGCAGUUCGAUUCCCAAUUACGGUGUUAUAAUCCUAAAGUGCAAGUAUGUCUUGACAACACACCUUGUUAUCAGUUUGAAGUAUGUGGGCAACGUUGUCUUCGAACAGAUCAACUGUGUAUCAAUAGGAACACAACUUGUAAUAGCUCGCUUUUCUAUAGGCACACUGAAGCGAGUCAAAUUGAAGCAUGCAAUGGCAUGUGUUAUAAUACGCCUGUGCAGUUGUGUAUUGAUGGAAAGGUAGUAAACAAGUCUAAUGUAUCUCCAAUUGUACUAAAGACAACGACAGUAGCAUUUGUGUCAUCCGAUUAUCAAUCACUAUGGUGGGAUAUAUUUAAGAUCAACUGCUAUAUAAUGGUUGUUGUCGCCGUUGCAUUUUUCAUCACACGGCGAUUAGCUGUCUGGCCAUGGACUAAAAUUGAAAAAUCAAUCUAUUUGGAUCCUGAACAAAUCUCUCUGAUCAAGAGCGAUCAAAUUUAA